GUUGUUAUUUUCGGGGCUCGGCGCCGCGCGUCCCGCUCUCCGUCGCCGCUGCAGCCUGCGUGGAGGGGCGCAGAGGGCGGAGGCGGCUCGACGGCGCUGGGGGCCGGCUCGGGCCGCCGGGGCCGGGCCGCGCUGAGGGUUCCGGGACGCGUCCGCCUGCCAUGAGCCGACGGGGCUGAGCCGCCACUCGGAGCAGCGCGGGCGAGCGGAGCGCAGGGCCAGACCCGUGCGCGGGGUGCGGCCGCGCCGCCGGAGCUGCGCAUCGAGGCCGGGCGAUGAUCCGGGGCGUGGAGGCGCCGAUGGCGGACGCCCCGCCGCCGCCGCCGCCGCCCGUCAUCUUCUGCCACGACUCCCCGAAGCGGGUGCUGGUGUCGGUCAUCAGGACCACCCCGGUCAAGCCUGCGUGCGGCGGGGAGCCGGAGCCGCCGCCGCCGCUCGUCCCCACUAGCCCCGGCUUCAGCGACUUCAUGGUGUACCCGUGGCGCUGGGGCGAGAACGCGCACAACGUGACGCUCAGCCCCGGGGCCGCGGGCGGCGCCGCCGCGGCCGUCCUGCCCGCCGCCGCCGAGCGCCCGGGGCUGCGGGGCCGGGGCGCGCCCCCGCCUGCCGCCUCGGGAGGGGAGGACGAGGAGGAGGCGAGCAGCCCGGACAGCGGCCCCCUCAAGCAGGAUGGGAUCCGACGUGGUAGACCCAGAGCAGAUACUGUCCGGGAUUUAAUAAAUGAAGGAGAGCACUCAUCCAGCAGAAUCCGUUGUAACAUCUGUAAUAGGGUGUUUCCACGGGAGAAAUCGCUCCAGGCCCACAAAAGGACUCAUACGGGUGAGAGACCCUAUCUGUGCGACUAUCCAGACUGUGGAAAAGCCUUUGUUCAAAGUGGACAGCUCAAAACGCACCAGCGUCUUCACACCGGGGAGAAACCUUUUGUUUGUUCAGAAAAUGGCUGCCUGAGCAGAUUCACCCAUGCAAACCGCCACUGUCCAAAGCACCCUUAUGCCAGGCUGAAGCGGGAGGAGCCCACAGACGCUCUCAGUAAGCACCAGGCUGUGGACAACCAGGCUGCCGCGGAGUGGCUGGCAAAGUAUUGGGAAACAAGAGAGCAGCGUACGCCCAGCUUGAAAGGAAAGCUCGUUCAGAAGGCCGAUCAGGAGCAGCAGGACCCCCUGGAAUACCUCCAGUCUGAUGAGGAGGACGACGAGAAGAGCGGUGCCCAGCGCCGGCUGCAGGAGCAGCGCGAGCGCCUGCACGGAGCCCUCGCUCUCAUAGAGCUCGCCAACCUGACAGGGGCGCCACUGCGCCAGUAGCCUGAACACUGACUUUUCCACUGUACAAAAGUACUGCCCAGCGUACUUAAAAAGUAGAUCCUUGGGCAUAAGCUAAGCACCUUAUUUGCUUAUCAUAGGCUGCUAUUCUGUAGAAAUUUAUGAAGAAUGUCAUUGCCCCAGAAUAUGGGGUGAGAGAGAAUUGCACUUUUUUUAUAUGGUAUUGGUUUUGUUGUAAAGUUUAAAAUAUUUUGUAAAUAUGGGACUUGUAGUACAGGGUAGAAAACUACCUAUUGUGGGAAGCUAGAUUUUGCAAGUUUAAUGCAUUCAUUGGAAGCAGUUCUCACAGGAAGCACUUUCUGAAUAAGACACUUAUAUGAAAAAACAGACUGGUAAAUGUAGCCAAAGAAGGUCAAAAUAGAUUAUUUAUGAGAUCAUUUUUAACAAUGUAUAUUAGUAUGUUUAACAAUACUGUAAACACUGAAGCAAACAAGAAAGUAUAAGAAAUGGGUGUAAGAUAUACAUUUUUAAAUUGCAUAAUAGUGUGCCUAAAAAGACUAGAGAAAUGGAAAACUGACUAUUUCGGAAGAUGUUCUAAGUUAUGGACUUUAGAAGAAAAUAGAUAUUUGAAGAUCUUCAUAAGAUGCACAAUCGUUCAGAAUUUUCAAAAUUGGAGUAAAAUCAAUCUUAUUCUAUCUUUCUUAGGCUUUACAACUCACUAUGAUGUUCAGGUUUGAAAAGCACUUGUCAUCCCUAACUUGUUAACUUGGGAACUUUUGCACAUUUCAUAUUUCUCAUUUGCUGAAAUUGAGUGAUUAAUCUUGCAAAGUCUAGGUAACUUGGUAAUUGGUAUUUUUUUUUAUAUAUUAUGGGCCCUGUAAUGAGAUUUGACAAUUGGACUUUUAUUGAUAAAAGGGACAUCUGCAGGGUUGUUUUGUAAUGAACUGUUUUAGAUCUUUUGUUAGCAAACACUAAAUUUUAAUUGUACUGCUUGUUUAGAAUUAUUAGCAAACAGAAGCCUCCUAUUUAUAUCUCCAGUGCAUAAAUCCACCUUCUUGCUUUCCUUCAGAAUAACAUGCCAAGCUAUUUUGUGUUCACUCAACUUAGCUGUCAGUUAAACACUGCAGAAAAUAUUAGCUACUCAAAUAAGUAGGCUUCUGGAAUAGUUUUAACUGCAAGUGUGUUAACUUGUGUGGUAGUUUUAAACUAUUCUUCCAAAUAAAUGAAGUUUUUAAAUACCACCUUAUGUACUGAAGCAUGAACAGAAAAAUCAAGAGCUGAGCAGUUCACUUCCUUUAUGUAGGCAUAAACUUCUACCAUUUUAGCUUUUGUUUUAAGCAGAACUUAAAUAACAUGCAUAGCAUGGUAAUUUUAUAGAUUGCUUAAUUGGAGUAAACCUCAGAAUAACAGAAGGAAAAUAUGGGCUUUUCAGUGCCUUUUUUUAAAAUUGAAGUAGUAGCCUACAGAUGUAGUUUUAAACGUUAUCUAAAAUUAGGCUUCUUUAUCCAAAAAUCCCAAUGUGUUGCAGUACACAGAUAGUUUAAAAUACGUAGCCAUGGGAAGGGGAGGUGUGUAAAUGUCUUGACAAGGAGUGAAAGUGUGGAAGAUGAUAGUAACAAAUAAUGUGUAUGAUGAGGACAUGCUUUAAAGGUGUAAUUCCUCUGUAUAGUAAAUUACAGAUCUUGUGGGAUUUUUUUUCCUAUUAAGAGAAUUUAUAUUUGUAAUGGUCUAAGAGUUUUGUUUGUAAUCUGAUAUAUGGAAUUUUAAUUUGGAGCACUUAUACACAAGAGAGACUAUAGCAUCUGAAUUUUCUUGGUUUCGGUUUCAACAUUUUCUCUAGAAUUUUUUCCCCUCAAAUAUGACUUAAAUGAACUAUGAAAAGCAGCACUCAUCAGCCUUGGGAAAUUUAGAAUUUGAUGAACUUAAUCUAAAGAGGGAAGGGCAGUAAGAAUUUAAAAAAUACAAAUACUUGCCGUGUCACAGAUAAUAAAAUUUAAGGCUUCAAAAGUAAGAGUUUCUGUUUGUUUGUUUCUCUGGUCAGCUUUUGUCAACUAUAAUAGUUAUAUUCACUUUUUCUUUUUUUUGUAUAAUUGGGAGUUUAAGAAAUGAUUACAACUACUUCAGAAAUAUUUAAAAUGUUAUUUUUUGAUAUAAGCUAUACACUUGGACAAAAUACAUUGGCAUCUAAAAUUUGAGGUGUUUCACACUGCUUUUUGUUUUAAAAAUGUGGUUUACAUUCAAAUUUUUGAAGUGUUUUGUGCUUCAUAGGGCUAAGCUGUAGUCUGGCAGAGUUAACAGCAUCAGAAUAAACAUGCUGUAAUUUUAAAAGAUGCUUUGAAUAAAAAUUUAAUUUACA